AUGGCACGGGCUAGGAAAGAAGCAGGGGACAGCCAGCUGGUGUCUGGUAGGGAGCCGUCAUCACGUAUCAUCCGAGUGUCUGUCAAGACCCCACGGGACUGCCAGGAAUUUUUGCUGGCAGAAGAUAGUAGUGUUCGUCACUUUAAAAAGCAGAUCGCUGAACGCCGUCACUGUGACAUUGAUCGAUUGGUACUCAUCUUCACUGGAAAAAUCCUUAGGGAUCAAGAUAUACUGAGCCAGCGGGGCAUCCUGGAUGGCACUACAGUCCACUUGGUGGUGAGGACUCGUUUGAAAGGGUUAGCCAUCCCUGGAGCUAUGCCAGGCACCACAGGCCACAGCACCCAUCGUUCUGAACCACUAGCCUCCGAGGGGGCUUCGAUGCUCACUAGGUUUGGUCGGCUGGCCCGGAGCUCACCUGAUCUGGCUGACUUCUUUAGCCAGCUGACUCAACUCCUGAUGACUGCACCAGAGUCUGUGCUGCAGUUCUUGGAAGACCCUUUAAUUCAAGGUCUGGACAAUGAGAAACAAGCAAACCACGUUCCUGGCAACCACGUUCCUGAAUCCUCAAGGCCAGUACAGAAACAUGACCCAGCUCUCAAGACUCUGGAAACCUUGCAGAAGCGAGCCCAGCAGCAGGAGCUCCUGGAGGCAGGGAAACAGAGGCUGGAGGCCUUGAAGGCCGUGCCAGGUGGUGACAACGCCAUGCAUCCAAUCUGCUCUGAUCUCCAGCAGCUCAUGCUCUCCACUCUGGCCCUAUUAGUUGUCUCUAAAGGCCACAUCUCAGGUUCAGAGUCUUGCAAAGGAGAAACCAAUGCUCAUGGCAAUUCUGAUACUUCCACCACCAUUCCUACUGCUUCUGUGCCUGCUAGGCCAUUGGAACAAGAGGUCAGUACAGGAGUGGUUACCCAGGUCAGGGGCAUGGCCGCAAAUCAGGCCAGUUCAGGGCAUAGGACUGGUAUUCAAGACUUACAUUCAGGCCAAGAGCCUCCCUCUCAGGAUAGCCAGCAGUCCAUAGAGAAAAAUUCUCUACCCAAUCAGCUGAGACCUUCACCCUCUAUUUUGCGUGGACUCUUGUAUGUCCUACAGCAGAAACCAAGUCUGCUACACCAGAUGACAACUGGCAGUCCCAUGCAUCAUCAGAUACCAAUACUUUCCAUUCUCACCAACCCGCGAGCACUUCAGGCACUGAUACAGAUAGAACAAGGCCUACAAAUACUGUCCAGGGAGGUGCCUGCACUAGGUCCACUCUUACAGGACCCAGCUAGGCCACGUGGGGCUAGAGGAGUCGCAGAAAAUAGGGGUCAUAGAGAAAACUCUGUGCAACCCACCUUGGCAGUUCUUCAGUUCCUUCAUGAAUUGGUCCAUGCCUGUUCGCAGUCUACCCAGUCCUCAUUAUCCUCAUACCUUAUCACCGAAGGUCGCUACCAUCAAGAACUUGAGCAGCUGAAGGCCUUGGGUUUUGCUAAUCAUGACGCCAACCUGCAGGCCCUGAUGGCCACAGAUGGAGACAUCUACGCUGCCAUUGAGAGACUGUUAGGAAUGCCAUAG